GGAGCACGAACGAGGCUGCUGGGGAACUUGGAACUGCAGUCGCUCGGGGCCAAGAGAAGGAUCUGGAGCUGGAGCGUUCCCAAGGCCGGGCAGAGGAGGUGGCUGCAGUUGGAGUCCGGGGAGCUGUGGCGACGGCGGCUUCUUAGCGAAGCAAGUGUUUGAGGCUGAGAGAGUCGCAGCGGCGGCGGCGGCAGCCACGGCGGCUGCUGGUGCCGAGUUACUUAUGAAAAUUGUUGAUUAUCCGGACAUCUUAAAACCAAGAAACAUGUGAACAGUUCUCUGGCAGCUGCCCAGAUGCCUGAAACUGGCAAGGUGUGGUGCUUUGAGUGACCGUCCUUCAACAAGAAAUACAAAGCUAUAAGUACUGUAUAAAUGCAAUCUCUUUGAUGAUAUUUACUAUAAUGGACAGCUUUUCUGGAUCUAAUUUUCAGUUGCAGAAUUAACAUUUGGAAUCUGGAGAAGCAUUUUGUACAGAUUAAAAGAUUGGGUUUCCUCUUCAGUUUUCCAGAUGUAUUGUCUCAUCUGUAUUCUUGAAACAUCCACAAUCACAUAAACUCCAGAUGUAACCAUGGCGUUAUGUGACCUAUCAAAACAUAGGAAAAGUGUUACUGAGCUUUGGAACACGUUCCGCAAUUAAACUAAUAUAUUCUCUGCUAAUCAAGAAUAAAGAGACAAAGCCAUGCACAUUCAAUUGGCAAAUGGAUUCUGUUGAAUUUUAUUGUAACUGGUUACUCUGUCAUUCAAAGUCAAUUUAAUAUGAAAGUUAUGUCCUAAUGGAUGUAAAGACCAGUGUUGAUGUAUCCAGAUUCUAGCCAAUGUUGAAGAUAAGAAACCUACUAUGACUAAUCCUUGGGAAGAGAAAGUCUGCAAAAUGGCUCAAACCAGUUUACUGCAGGGGAAGCAGUUUUACUGUAGGGAGUGGGUUUUCCACAAGCUUCAGCAUUGCCUCCAGGAGAAAACUAACUGUUGCAAUAGUGCUGUCAGCACACCAGCCCUUGUAAUGAAUUCUGGGAAUAAUGCUGGUGUUGUCUCUGGAAAAGGAGCUGCCUGGGGUGUGUUGUUGGUAGGAGGGCCUGGCAGUGGCAAGACGGCCCUAUGUACUGAGCUCUUAUGGCCAAGUUCACCUACAAGCUUGCAGAGAGGUUUACAUCGCCAGGCUUUGGCCUUUCAUUUCUGCAAAGCCCAAGAUUCUGACACCUUGUGUGUUGGAGGGUUUAUUAGAGGCCUGGUUGCCCAGAUCUGCCACAGUGGACUACUCCCAGGAUAUGAGGACAAACUAAGGGAUCCAGCAGUCCAAAGUCUCUUACAACCUGGGGAGUGUGAGAGGAACCCAGCGGAAGCAUUUAAAAGGUGUGUUCUGCUCCCACUUUUGGGAAUGAAGCCUCCUCAGCAAAGCCUUUAUCUACUUGUUGAUUCUGUUGAUGAAGGAUGUAACAUUACUGAAGGUGAACAAACAUCUACCAGCUUUUCUGGGACUGUUGCAGAGCUUUUAGCUGGUCACCAUGAGUUCUUUCCACCAUGGCUAUUGCUUCUCUGUUCCGCCCGAAAACAGAGUAAAGCUGUUACUAAAAUGUUUACAGGUUUUCGAAAAAUAAGUUUAGAUGACCUUCGGAAGGCAUAUAUUGUCAAGGAUGUUCAACAGUACAUUCUUCAUCGUUUAGAUCAAGAAGAAGCUUUGCGACAACACCUCACAAAAGAAACUGCAGAGAUGUUAAAUCAACUGCACAUUAAAAGCAGUGGAUGCUUUCUUUAUCUAGAACGGGUUCUAGAUGGAGUUGUAGAAAAUUUUAUUAUGUUAAGAGAAAUUCGUGAUAUCCCAGGAACUCUAAAUGGUCUAUAUCUCUGGUUGUGUCAAAGACUUUUUGUAAGAAAACAGUUUGCAAAGGUUCAGCCUAUUUUGAAUGUUAUUCUUGCAGCCUGCCGACCUUUGACCAUAACAGAAUUAUAUCGUGCAGUAUGGACCAAAAAUAUGUCAUUAACCUUGGAAGACUUUCAACGCAAACUAGAUGUCCUCUCCAAACUUCUCGUUGAUGGACUUGGAAAUACUAAAAUAUUGUUUCACUAUAGCUUUGCUGAGUGGCUUCUAGAUGUGAAACACUGCACUCAGAAAUAUUUAUGUAAUGCAGCAGAAGGACACAGAAUGUUGGCUAUGAGUUAUACCUGUCAAGCCAAGAAUUUAACACCAUUGGAAGCACAAGAAUUUGCAUUGCACUUAAUUAAUUCAAACUUACAGUUAGAGACAGCUGAAUUAGCUCUGUGGAUGAUAUGGAAUGGUACACCUGUUAGAGACUCUCUCUCUACUUUAAUACCCAAGGAACAAGAAGUACUACAGCUGUUGGUUAAAGCUGGUGCUCAUGUUAACAGUGAAGAUGAUCGCACAUCAUGCAUAGUACGACAAGCCUUAGAAAGAGAAGAUUCCAUUCGGACAUUAUUAGAUAAUGGAGCUUCAGUAAAUCAGUGUGAUUCAAAUGGAAGAACAUUAUUAGCUAAUGCUGCAUACAGUGGCAAUCUUGAUGUAGUGAAUUUACUUGUCUCUAGGGGAGCCGAUUUAGAGAUAGAAGAUGCUCAUGGACAUACACCACUCACCCUAGCUGCUAGACAAGGACAUACAAAGGUGGUUAAUUGUUUGAUUGGGUGUGGAGCAAAUAUUAAUCAUACUGAUCAUGAUGGUUGGACAGCAUUAAGAUCUGCUGCUUGGGGUGGCCAUACUGAGGUGGUUUCUGCACUGCUUUAUGCUGGUGUAAAAGUGGAUUGUGCAGAUGCUGAUAGCCGAACAGCUUUGAGAGCAGCAGCAUGGGGAGGACAUGAAGAUAUUGUACUGAAUUUGCUACAACAUGGUGCUGAAGUCAACAAAGCUGAUAAUGAAGGUAGAACUGCUUUGAUAGCAGCAGCAUACAUGGGGCAUAGAGAGAUUGUGGAACACCUAUUAGACCAUGGAGCAGAAGUAAAUCACGAGGAUGUUGAUGGCAGGACUGCACUCUCUGUGGCUGCACUUUGUGUACCUGCAAGUAAAGGGCAUGCAUCAGUUGUUAGCCUUUUAAUCGAUCGCGGUGCUGAAGUAGAUCAUUGUGAUAAAGACGGCAUGACUCCACUGCUAGUAGCUGCCUAUGAAGGACAUGUUGAUGUGGUUGACUUGCUUCUAGAGGGGGGAGCAGAUGUAGAUCAUACAGAUAACAAUGGCCGUACCCCUCUUUUAGCAGCAGCUUCUAUGGGUCAUGCUUCAGUUGUAAACACACUUUUGUUUUGGGGUGCAGCUGUGGAUAGUAUUGAUAGUGAAGGUAGGACAGUCCUCAGCAUAGCUUCAGCACAAGGAAAUGUUGAGGUGGUACGUACUCUGCUGGAUAGAGGGUUAGAUGAAAAUCACAGAGAUGAUGCUGGAUGGACACCUUUGCACAUGGCAGCUUUUGAAGGUCACAGAUUAAUAUGUGAGGCACUUAUUGAACAAGGUGCUAGAACAAAUGAGAUUGAUAAUGAUGGACGGAUACCUUUCAUAUUAGCGUCACAAGAAGGUCAUUAUGAUUGUGUUCAAAUAUUAUUGGAAAAUAAAUCCAACAUUGAUCAAAGGGGUUAUGAUGGAAGAAAUGCACUGCGGGUUGCUGCAUUAGAAGGACACAGGGACAUUGUUGAAUUACUUUUUAGCCAUGGAGCUGAUGUUAACUACAAAGAUGCUGAUAGUAGGCCCACACUUUAUAUUUUGGCCUUAGAAAACCAACUUACAAUGGCUGAAUAUUUUUUAGAAAAUGGUGCAAAUGUAGAAGCAAGUGAUGCUGAAGGAAGAACAGCACUUCAUGUUUCCUGCUGGCAAGGCCAUUUGGAAAUGGUACAGGUUUUGAUAACCUACCAUGCUGAUGUCAAUGCUUCAGACAAUGAAAAGCGAUCUGCUUUGCAGUCUGCAGCCUGGCAAGGCCAUGUAAAAGUGGUCCAGCUUCUGAUUGAGCAUAGUGCCGUAGUUGACCAUACAUGUAAUCAAGGUGCAACUGCACUCUGUAUUGCAGCCCAGGAAGGGCACAUUGAUGUUGUGCAGGUUUUAUUAGAGCAGGGUGCUGAUCCAAACCAUGCUGAUCAAUUUGGACGCACUGCUAUGCGUGUUGCAGCCAAAAAUGGGCAUUCUCAAAUAAUUAAAUUACUAGAAAAAUAUGGUGCAUCUAGUUUAAAUGGUUGUUCCCCGUCUCCUGUUCACACAAUGGAGCAAAAACCUCUACAAUCAGUGUCUUCAAAAAUGCAGUCAUUAACCAUUAAAUCAAAUAGCUCUGGUAGUACUGGUGGAGGGGAUAUGCAGCCUUCGUUGCGUGGUUUACCUAAUGGGCCAACUCAUGCAUUCAGUUCUCCUUCAGAAUCUCCAGAUUCUACAGUUGAUCGUCAGAAGUCAUCAUUGUCAAAUAAUUCCCUGAAAAGUUCAAAAAAUUCAUCUUUGAGAACUACUUCAUCUACAGCAACGGCUCAAACAGUGCCAAUUGAUAGCUUUCAUAACUUGUCAUUUACAGAACAAAUUCAGCAGCAUUCAUUGCCACGCAGUAGAAGUCGACAGUCAAUUGUUUCUCCAUCUUCCACGACACAAUCCUUAGGACAGAGUCAUAAUUCACCAAGUAGUGAAUUUGAGUGGAGUCAAGUAAAACCCAGUUUGAAGUCAACAAAAGCAAAUAAAGGGGGGAAAUCAGACAAUUCCAGCAAAUCUGGGUCUGCUGGGAAAAAAGCUAAACAAAGCAAUUCUUCACAGCCAAAGGUUUUAGAAUAUGAAAUGACCCAGUUUGAUAAAAGGGGACCCAUAGGCAAGCCUGGGACUAGUGUACCACCUAUACAAAUGCCUGCAGAAUCACAGUGCAAAAUUAUACCUUCAACUCAGCAGGAAGUUGGUCGAUCACAACAGCAGUUUCUUAUUCAACAACAAAGUGGAGAACAGAAGAAGAGAAAUGGGAUAAUGACAAAUCCAAAUUAUCAUCUUCAGAGCAACCAGGUUUUUCUUGGUAGGGUUUCUGUUCCACGAACAAUACAAGAUAGAGGACAUCAGGAAGUGUUAGAGGGAUAUCCUUCCUCUGAGACAGAAUUAAGCCUUAAACAAGCUCUGAAGCUUCAGAUUGAAGGUUCUGAUCCUAGCUUCAACUAUAAAAAGGAAACACCAUUAUAAAAGUUUCCUAUUCUGUGAAACAGAAGACAUUGUAAUCAGAGUGGUUCUUCAGCUACUGGAUGAAAACAGAAAAUGCCUGUUGAUUUGCUCAAAAAAAAAUGAAGAAUGUGAUAUCCACAGUACAGUUACCUUAAUUACUGUAAUGUGCCUAAAUAGUAAGGCUGCCUUCUUAAUGUAACCCUCUCUGCUUAAAAAAUUUCAUUUUGUGUGCUUUGUACUCCAUACACAAGGAUAAGCACUUUUUAAAAUGCAGAUGUAUACUGCAGUUCCCUGAUAAAAAGCUGAAAAAAAAAUUUGAUUAAACUAUUUUAAGUUAUGAUUUGAUAAAUGUGCAUGUGCCAUGGUCAAAUAUAUAUGAAAAAGCAGUGUUCCUUGUAUUUAUUUUUCUUCUUUUUGUGGCAAAAGAAACUUAAGCAUACUGUUUCAGUCACAUUUGCAUUGUUGUAGUGUAUGGCCUGUUUCUUGUAUAUUUAAAAUGUUGCUCAAUAAAAUAAAUCUUGCAACUGUUUUAUGUUCACUACACCUUCAACAUUGGAUAAAAAUAAGUUUCUAUAUGAAUGCCACAUGGAGGUGAAAAAGAUGUUUAUUGGCAGGUUUCAUUUUAAUAAUUUCUAAUAUUUUAGGGAGCUGCUCUAAGUUUAAAUCUGAAUUUUCCCACUAAAACCCUCAUCUCUGGCUAAAAGUGUCCCAGACAAAACAAAACAGAUUGUAGGCAGAACAAAGUUCUGUUUCAUCCUCUGGGAUGCAAUUUUACCUUCCACUCACUUGUCAUUCCACCUCCCCAAAAAAAGACUUUCAUUCCUUAGGCCUAAAAAUUCUCAGGGACAAACCCAUGCCUCAGUUGCACAUGUGUGCAGAGGGAGACGUACCUAUCUUUUUGAGGGUAGAUUUUUGAUCCCUGAACAAUUAAUUGACUACCCUUAUCUCUUCCUGCCAGUUAAACUGAAUAUAAUUUACCAAGACAAAUUUUAAUGUUGUCUUUCCUCCCAGCUGUUUAUAUUUUGUAAAACUCUGUAUGUCCAAAAUAGCCCCCACUUAAAAUCAAUGAGAUCAAUUUUAAUGGUUUAGUUGGAUAAUCUUAAUGAGUGAGUGUACUGUGUGCUGUCCUUCACAGAUGACACCUCUAACCCAUCAGUCAAGCACAUGUGUUUUUUUACUGUUACUUGAUAAAAAUUAGUGAUGGAUUUUCACUUUUCUGUCCAUAUACUCUCAGAUUUCUUUGGACAAAGUCUGUGACCAAAGAAAGCAAAAUUCUCUGGUUCAAAUGAGUAUGCGACCAAAGCUUUGGCCUUUUGGAUGUACUCUAAACCAGUGGAGCUAGCUUAUUUGGGUUGGUGUAGGUAUGUCUGGAAAGGUUAGCAUAAUUGUUUAGAAACCAUGGUUGUGGGUUUGAUCUUUGAAUGAGCCCGGUUAAUCUUGCAAAAAACAAAUUCUGUUCUUUCCAUGUGCUGUUGAUAAGGAGGAAUGAGGAAGGAGAAUUUGGCGAUCAGCACAAAACUAUUGCUACUACUGGGAAAAUCUUUAGAAUAUAUGAUCUAGUACCAGAGGUCAGUAAUGUCAUCUUCGUGUAUGAAGGACCCAUGUUAUUCACAGAAAUAGAAAUGUGUAAUUAGUUGUUAAAAAGGUUUCACUUGACUCUUUUAUAAGGCUUUUGCUUUUUUUUUUUUUAAGUCAGAAUAAUUCAUUUUAUUACAUUAAUAUGCCAUAUCAGGAAUAGAAGAUAAGUUGAUAUGUUCUGUCAAUAUUAAGGUGAAAUGGCAAUAGUAAUAACUCGAAUGUGAAUGUUUCAAGUAUUGAAUUCUUGUCCCUAUGGGACAUUUAUUAAAUACACUUAAUAGGACUCUUGCAAAGUAGCCUUAAGAGUGUUAAUGAUUCUAUCAAUAAGUAUGAAUACAUCCUAUUAGAACCACCCUUAGUCAUAUCUCAAAAUGCAUUUACAAUACUGUAGAAGAUGAACUCUAAUUUCCUAUUAGGUGUAUUUUUCUUUAGAAAAAAAAAGUUGUCAGUUUUUCUUUUAACCUUGAAUUAUUGGAAUUGUAUUUAUUUAAUUUUAUUGUUUUUACAAAUAUGCACCUUGUACCCAAAGGGCAAAGUUACAACUCAUUACAUAAGGGAUUUAUGUUUUUCAAAGAGCUGAAUGUUUUCAAAUCCAUACUGUAUACAUUUGAAACAGUUGGUAGGAAGAGAACCUGUUGGAAAAUACGAUUUUCAAAAGUAAGUAUUCCUCUGGAUGUUUUUAUAUAAAUUAGGUUUUGGAAAAGGACAUACAUGGCUUUCAGUAAAGAAAAGGAUGAUAUGGGUGUUGAAGAUGCCUUGCCUUGUUUAUUUGUUUCUGUGGGAGAUCUAAUGCCAUAACUGAAAAAUGGUUCUGUUCCAGUAAGAAGAGUAAAAACUGUCCUCAAAAUAUAAAACUCCUAAAUAGCUAUUUUUGAAAUUGAAAUGUUUAAAUUUUGUAAAUCAGCUGUUGACACUUCAUAACUGUAAUACCAUGUGCUUUUAACAUUUUAACAUUCUUAUAACCUUCCAUCUGUGCCCAUUCCCUAAACGUCAUGAGUUUUUAACAUGGGAAAUAGAGUAAUUAAAAAUAAAAAUCUAAAUAUUUGUAGAAAAGAUUGAGGAAAGAAAAUUGACCAGAACACAAAAUGCAGCAAAAUCUUUUGUCUCUUGCUCCCCACUACCACCUGAAUCCUCACAAAAAAUAGUUCACUACUUAAAAAAAAAAAAAAAACAGAAGUACUUUUUUCAAAAUUGUUUUGGUCUUG